UCUUCGUGUUUGCAGUCGCGCUGAUUUCAACAACGAGAGCAGGUUUUCUCGCUUCCGUGAAGCUUUCGGAUUGCAGGUAAAGCCAUGAAGAUCGAGGAGGUGAAAAGCACAACGAAGACCCAGCGCAUUGCGUCUCACAGCCAUGUGAAAGGUCUCGGGUUAGACGACGCCGGCUUUGCCAAACAGACUGCGUCCGGCCUUGUGGGCCAGGAGAGCGCCAGAGAGGCCUGUGGCAUCAUUGUAGAGCUGAUUCGCUCGAAAAAGAUGGCUGGCCGAGCUGUCUUACUGGCAGGCCCACCUGGAACUGGAAAGACUGCUUUAGCAUUGGCCAUGGCACAGGAGCUGGGAAAUAAGGUGCCGUUCUGUCCCAUGGUGGGCAGCGAAGUGUAUUCAUCAGAGAUCAAGAAGACAGAGGUGCUGAUGGAGAACUUCAGAAGAGCAAUUGGAUUGCGGAUUAAGGAGACAAAGGAAGUGUAUGAAGGUGAAGUGACAGAGCUGACCCCAUGUGAGACGGAGAAUCCAAUGGGUGGUUAUGGCAAAACCAUCAGUCACGUCAUCAUUGGAUUAAAGACAGCAAAAGGCACCAAACAGCUGAAGCUCGAUCCCAGUAUCUACGAGAGCCUGCAGAAGGAGAGAGUGGAGGUUGGUGAUGUCAUCUACAUUGAAGCUAACAGUGGAGCAGUAAAGAGACAAGGGCGCUGUGACACCUUUGCAACAGAGUUUGACUUGGAGGCUGAAGAAUACGUUCCAUUGCCCAAAGGAGAUGUACACAAGAAGAAAGAGAUUAUACAAGAUGUUACGCUACAUGACCUGGAUGUAGCUAAUGCGCGCCCUCAGGGAGGUCAGGACAUUCUUUCUAUGAUGGGUCAGCUGAUGAAACCCAGGAAGACUGAGAUCACCGAUAAGCUGCGAGGAGAAAUCAACAAAGUGGUGAACAGGUACAUAGAUCAAGGUGUGGCAGAACUCGUGCCUGGUGUUCUGUUCAUCGAUGAGGUUCACAUACUGGAUAUUGAGUGUUUCACUUACCUGCACCGAGCUCUGGAGAGCUCCAUCUCCCCAAUCGUAGUGUUCGCAUCCAACCGAGGAAACUGUCUCAUCAGAGGGACAGAGGACAUUAACUCUCCUCAUGGAAUACCUCUUGAUCUGCUGGAUCGAAUUAUGAUAAUCAGAACAAUGCUGUAUACUCCUCAAGAAAUGAAACAGAUUAUUAAGAUUCGAGCUCAGACAGAAGGCAUAAACAUCAGCGAGGAGGCUUUAACUCACCUGGGAGAGAUCGGCACUAAGACCACUCUCAGGUAUGCUGUGCAGCUCUUAACACCUGCCAGUCUGCUGGCACGAGUUCAGGGGAAAGAAGUUGUAGAAAGAGAACAAGUGGAAGAAAUUAAUGAGCUCUUCUAUGAUGCCAAGUCUUCAGCAAAGAUCCUUCAGGAUCAGCACACCAAGUUCAUGAAGUAAAACUUUCUCCCUCAGCAGUCACUUGUCUUCUGUUUCACUGGUCCCACAGUUUAGGUCUGUAUUUCCCACAGCCAGAGAUGCAUUGCAGUACUCACAGAAGACAGCAACUGAUAUCAGAUAUUAUUGCUUGAUCUGAGAUUAUUAUUGCUUGGUCGUACUUGGAUUGCACUCACUCGCUCUCUAUCCAAGUGAUCAGGCUGAAUUAAAAUCCUUGAAACAAAAUUUUUCAGUGUGUUUCCAACGUUAUGGCAACAGUUUGAGGAAGAGCGAUAUAUGGGUGUAAUAUUAAGGUGUCCCCAUACUUUUGGCUAUAUAGUGUGUGUGUAUAAUAUAUAUAGUUUCCCAUUUUUAAGGUCCCAAAAGUAAUUGGACAAACUAUUAUACGAUGUGUGAUUAGAAAGUUCCAGGACUGUUCCUGUUGUGAAACAACAGAGCAGCAAGGUCAUGCACAUGUUGAUGUUCAUACUGCGGGGUCGACGAUGGUCAUGACUUCAAUUUGGUGGGUGGUGGCUGUGGGUCUGGAGGUGACUGAUGAGGUCAGUCUGGGCUUUGAAGGUAUGCCCACACGUUGGGCGUGCAUGGGUAGGUGCUGCAGUGGGGGUGGAGAUAGUUUGAGCCUUCCGUGCAGUUCGUUUCUUCUGGGCCUCGGUGACAUGUUUUGUGGGAGCAUAAAUGCUAAUCAACUUUGCGUUCUUCUUGCCUCUAAGUGGGAGCUGAAGUGUCAUCAGGUGACCUUUGAUGACCUCUGGGAGUUUAAGUUUCUGGGCCUUUACAGCAAAUCCAACGCCUGCCUCUCGCCAUUCAGUGCUGCUAUGACCACUCCAGAAGAAGUUAUAACCACCACCAUGUUCCAUGAGCUGGCACUUGUCUGCUAGAUGUGUUUCACUGAGGGCAGCUAUGUCCACGUUGUAGCAAGCUAGUUCCCUGGUGACUAGUGCAGUUACUCUCGACACUGAUCAGUCGAUAAGUGGAGGUUGAUUCAUCCAGUUCAUUUCUGUCUGUCUCUCUGGCCUCAGCUUUGCUGUCCUCUUUUCCAGGCAUGUCUGAUUGAAGAAGGCAGUUUAUCUGCAGGUCUAGUUGGAUGUCCACUGGAGUUUCUGUCUUGAUGAAUGUGUUGUAUUCAGUUAACUUGAACCUGUUCAGCUGAAGAAUCAGAAAUCUGGGCAGAGAGUGGAGUGUCCACGUGGAAGUGGCAGAUUCUCCUCCACACACUUGCUCUCCAACACUGUCGGGCUUGUAACCAAGUUGUUGAAGUACUGGUCCAGCCAGGGACAUGGAGAUGUGAUUAAACACUUCCAGUUUGUUGUUCUGCUGGAAUCCACAGCUGGAGCAUGUUAUGAUGUUCCUCAUCUUGAAUUUGAAAUUGGACCAGACUGGGCAUCGAAAAUCCACAUCCUCUUGCCAACACAACAGUUGUACAUAUUCCUCCAUUUGGGUCAGACAGUGGCAGAGAAAUUCAUGGGCAUCAUUCUGAUUGUUGAUGGUGAAUUCUAGGUUGAUGUUUUCAGCUGAUUCAAUCAGGUUCAAAAGAAGAGUCUCCUUGGUGAGGUCUUGAAAUUCAGAGCCCUUUCUCAACCGUGACAACUCCUCCACAAAACAUCUGAGGAAUGUGCCCUCUGGAUUCGGGACAGACUUUUCUAGCAGGUUGGAGAGCUCUGCACAGAAAGUCUCAGCUGUGAACAAGCUCUGCAGACUUGCGUUAACAUAGCAGUUGUUUCCAAAAUUAGUCAGCCCGCCAGGGAACAGUUCCAUGUCUGUGAUGGAGGCCGGAGUCAGAGUCGUGCUGUCUCUGUUUUCCUCAGGCAUCAUAUUCUAGAAACUGAAAACAUAUGCAUCCUUCACACGUUUUCCAUCUUCCAAGUUGAACAACUUCAGUUUCCUGCAAAGUGCUGACCUUUUGCUCUCCUGGUUGUAUGGGGUCAAUUCCUUCCUUUCCUCCUCUUCUAUUCUCAUCAAGGUGGUCUCCACUAAUAUUUAUCCUCACAAGGACCUCUGUGAUUUCAGUCCCUUUUGUCUGUGGGAGUUUUGAGGCUAGAUUCACACCGACCUGCAUUCUUUCUACCUUUUUCAUCUUAAGCCAAUUCAAGGUCAUCGGCUUCAUUUCUGCAGUUGGUAUGGCCAAACAAAGAAGUAUUUUCUCCCUUUCCUGCUGCUUUCUGAAAGUUUCACAAGUACUGAAGAAACACCUUUUUCUUCCAGCAAUAGAACGGGAGGAGAGACAUUUUUGAAACUUCACUGAAUUGGUUCACAGUAAAAGAUGAUUUAGUUGUAAUUAAUAAAUAAUGUCUCUUGGCUCAUGUCUGUUUUCACUGAACCGAGGUAAAGAUUCAUGCAUAUGUAACAGGAGCCAGCAGUAACACUAGUCAGCGUGCUGCAUGACAUUGUACUAUCAACAUCAGGACCUGUGUUCCACACUUUUUUAUGACUGUGCGCAUGUACACAGUUGUGAUUUGUGCAAUGCACAAGCAUUUGCGAUUGGCAGUAGAGAUAAUUGAAAUGUUUUAACAAACCUAUGGCAAUGAAGAACUUAAACAGGGGAAGAAUGUCACUGGAGGAUAAUGCUCUGCCCUUCUUUGUGCACGGAUGCCACUUGAAGCACCUUGCCUUGCUCAUUGCCAUAGUCUUGGUGAAGCAUUUCCAGGGUCUAUAUGUAUUCUCCAAAUUUCUGAUAUAGAAUUUUGUUUGCUCUUUGGUCCAUAGUGAAAUCGCAAAUGUGCAUAUGCACAUUGUCAAAAAAAGUGUAUAAUACAGGUCACGUGGCAUAAUGACUUGCAAGAGUUACUGCUCACUCUUGCUGCACAUACAUGACCUUGCAACAGGAACAGUCCCAGGACUUUUUGAUCACACCUCAACUUCAUUCAUUAAUUUUCUAUACCACUUAUCCAGUGAGGGUUGCGGGUAAGCUGGAGCCAAUCAUAGCUGACCUUGGGCGAGAGGCGGGAUACAUCCUGGAUAGGACACCAAUCUAUUGUGGGGCUAACACAGAGAGACAGUCAGCCAUUCACACUCACACCUAUGGGCAAUUUUAGAGUAGGCAGUUGAUUUAAUUUUGAUGUCUUUGGACUGUGGGAGGAAACCGGAGCACCCGGAGAAAACCUAUGCAGGCACGAGUUGAUUAUACAAAUUCCACACAGAAAGGACUCUGUUAACUGCCAGGUUUGAACCCAGAACCUGCUUGCUAUGAGGUGACUGAGCUAACCACUGCACCACCAUGCCACCCUAAUCAUAAAUUAAACUUUUAAUACUUGGUAGCAAAUCCAUUGUAGUCAGACAGUCUGAAAACUGGAACCCAUAGACAUUACCAGAUGCUGUUUUUCUUCCCUGGUGAUAUUCUGUCAGCCUGAUACAGAAACUGAAGAGAGCUGCAGUAUAUUCUUGGGGUGUUUUGCCUUCAACAAGUGAACUGCAGCUCAGUUGGAUUCAGAUCAGAUGAUUUAGUUGGCCGUUGCAGAACAUUUUUCCAUUUUUUUUUUUGCUUUUAAAAAAGUCUUGGAUUACUUUCGAAGUAUACCUCGUCACUGACCGUCUGCACCGUAAAGUGCCAUCCAACUUUUUUUAACCAUUUGCUUGAAUCUGAGCCAAUAAUCUAGCCCUCUAAACUUCAGAAUUCAUCCUGCAGCUUUUGUCAGCAGUCACAUCAUUAAUAAAUACAAAGCAACCAGUUUUAUUAGCAGCUGUACCUGCUCGUGGCAUAAGAUGAGGUGAUGUGCGUUGGAUCAUGAGUGGUUCCUUCCUUUCUCCAUACUUUUCUCUUCCUGUCAUUCUGGUUUAAAUUGAUCUCGGUGUCAUCUGUCCAUAAGAUGUUUUAGAACUGUAUGGGCUUUCGUAGAUUUUUUUUUUUUUUUUUGGCCAAGUCUAACCUGUUUUUUCCUGUUUUUGAGAUUUACUGAUGGUUUACAUUUUGUGGUAAACCCUCUGCAUUUAUUCUGGUGAAGUGUUCUCUUAUUUGUUGACUUUGAUACAGAUAUACUGACCUCCUGGAUGGUGUUCUUGAUCAGGCCAACUGUUGUGAAGGGGUUUGUCUUCACCAGGGAAAUAAUUCUUCUGUCAUCAACAGUUGUUUUCUGUAGUAUUUCAGGCCUGUUGGAGAUGCUGAGCUCACCAGUGCAUUCUAUCUUUUGAAGAAUGUACCAAAUGGUUGAUUUGGCCACCUAAAGUUUCUGAUAGCUGAUUUUUUUUUUUUUUUCUCAGCUUAAUGAUGACUUGCCUCACUGGCAGUGGUAACUCUUUGGACUUCAUAUUGGGAGAUAACAGCCAUAGACUCCCAAUGCAAAUACCACAUUUCAAAUCAACUCGAGACCUUUUAGUUUACUGGCAAGUGCAAUAAUGAGGGAAUAAUCCAUGCCUGGCCAUGGAGCAGCUGAGCAGACUCUCAUCCUGCAAGAGAAGAGUCAAAAUGUCCAUUGUUGGGGGGCGUCGUGGCUCAGGUGGUUGAGGCGCCGUGCCGUGGAUGCGGGCGGCCCGGGUUCGGUUCCGGCCCGAGGUCGUUUCCCGAUCCCUUCCCGUCUCUCUCUCCCGCUCGUUUCCUGUCUCUGCACUGUCCUAUCCAAUGGAGGUGCAAAAAGCCCAAAAAAAUAUCUUUAAAAAAAAAAAAAAAAAAAAAUGUCCAUUGUUUUCAGGCAAAUCCCUCUCCAAAACCAGACAGGUUCAAUUCAAGAAUUUUAGGUUCAAGAACUGUAUGUAGGUAAGAGAGCAUUAUCAGAUUAUUGAGAAGGCAGCUCACUUCUUUCUCACACAUAGGUGCACUUGUGAUGGGUUUUUGAGGGAAGAUAUAAUCUGAUAUGAAAGGGAGGCAUCUGAGGCGAUCAGCCUAAUAUAUGAAGAAUUGAAUACUGCAGAGUUCUCUGUCAAGGUUUACAGUAUCUGCUUGUCUUGUGUUUUGAUUUUUUUGCUUGUGUAUGUUUGUUUGAUUUUAGUUUCUUUUGCAUUCUGUUUUAGAUCCUGUGUGUUACAAUUUAAAAUAAAAUGGAGAAUAGAAAUUGAGCAUAAAUAAUUCACUCAACUGUACCUUCUCAUACACAGUCUGUAGUGUGCGUUUUGUUUAGAUUGACAAUUUGUCACUUGUUCUCAGUCAGAUGCUGAAUUACACAACCAAGUUAAUGGAACAAUCUAUGGAUCAGUUUGCCAAUUUCAGAUGUCUCUGUAGGGAUCAAUGAGUAUUGCUAAAUGACGACGGAAGAUUGUUCUCAUUGUGUUUUUUUUUUUUUUGUGUGUGUGUGUGUUACGUUUCCAUUCCCUUUACUCAGUGUUUUGCAGAAAGUUUUUUGUAAGUUUAUUAAAAAAAUAAAAAUACAAGUUUAGACCUUUUACUCAAUGCUUUGUUAAAGCUCCCUAGCACCAAUUACAGCCUUAAGUCUUCUUGGCUAUGAUGCUACAUGCUUUGCACACCAGGAUUUGGGGCUCUUCUCCAGUUUCUUGAUGCAAAACCUCAAACUCCUGUCAGGUUAGAUGGACUCUACCUCCCUUUUCAGGUUUCCACAGAGCUGUUUAAUCAUGUUUUAGUUCAGGCUCAAGUUGUGACACUUUAAAGCCAAACAAAACCCAAAAAAUAAACUCCUUUAUAUUGACAUA